ACACAAGUCUUCGCGCCAAACCAGUCUAGGUUUGUGGGCGGAGAAAGAUGACGUUAGCAAAAACGUCAUCCCUCGACAACUGAUUGGCUGCGGGGCCGCGGAGAGGCUCUGGGAUACCAUGGCCUAAGUGCGCCAGGCUGGCCUGGGGCCGCUGGACGAAGGCGGGUUCCCGGAGAAACUAGUGAGUGGUUAUCGCAGGUAGCUUCGGGAUCUGAAGGAACGAGACUAGCGAAGAUUUGGAUGAAAAAGAUAGAACUCCCUUAAAACAUCAAAAUGACAGACAAAAAUGCUACAGAAGAAGACCUUAAUAUGGUGUAUUUUCAAGAUGUAUAUGAUUCUCCUGCUAAAAGUGAUACCAGUUCUGUUGAUAUAUAUGAUGGACUGGAUAUUUCAAGUAUACCAGAGCCUCCUGUACUCUCCACUCCAACAAAGGAUUGUUUGGAUCUGUAUGAGGAAAUCCUGACAGAAGAAGUAACAGCUAAAGAAGCCUCAUUCAAUGACUUGCAUGCUGAAUAUGAGAAGUGUCAGAAACAAAUGAAAGAACUUGUUAACAGACUCAAAGAAAUGCAGACUCAGAACACAACCUUGCAAAAUGAGAAUCAGUGUCUGAAAAAGAAUAUUUCUGCGGUCAUCAAGACUGCGAGAGUAGAAAUUAAUCGCAAAGAGGAUGAGAUCAACAGACUCAAUCAGAGGUUGUUUUCUUCUGUGAACCCUCGUGUCAAUAAACACAUUCCUGUGCCUUUAUCAGAACCUAACAAAACCAGCUGCCACUUGGAAAGCAGAUCGAAUAGAACACAACCAAAAAAUAUGGACAGCUGUGGAAAAUCUGAAUUGCAAAAGCAUACAGUCCACCCUAAAAGAAAUGAUUCAACUCAAUCGAAUUAUCAGCCUACAGAAAAGGACUUAAAUGCUGGGGGCAAGAAUUCUUCAGGCAGUUCAAAACCCUCAUGUGCUAAGCUUUUUAAAAUUUCAGAGACCGAUUUAGAAAUACAACCAAAAAAUAUGGAUAGCUGUGGAAAAUCUGAAUUGCAAAAGCAUACAGUCCACCCUAAAAGAAAUGAUUCAACUCACUUGAGUUAUCAGACUACAGAAAAGGAGUUAAAUGCUGGGGGCAAGAACUCUUCAGGCAGUUCAAAACCCUCAUGUGCUAAGCUUUUUAAAAUUUCCGAGACCGAUUUAGAAAAAAAAUGUACAGAAGGAUAUUUAAACCAAGAUGCAGCAAAAGGAAGAAAGGAAAGAAAUGUUGAAUGUCAGUCUAAAGACAGUGAGCGAAAGCAGAGGAAGGAGGAGUGUAAAAGUAGUAGCAGCAGUUCAGCAAGUGAAAAGAAAAUUGUUGAACUAAAAGAAAAUGGACCUACUUCAAACAGUGUAACAAUGGACAGUGGGCUAGAAAACCAGGCUACAAAGUUUGAUUUACUUAAUGAAAGAAAUAGAAAAUCACUUUCCUCAGCUUCUCAUGAUAAAGCAUGCUCUAUGAGAGACAGGGCACAGUCAAAGGAAGAUCCUCGUACAAAGGAGAAACUUCGAAAGCCUUAUGAAUCUUACAGCCGAAGGGACUCUAAAGAUUAUGACAAAGGUAAAGGCUCAGAACAUAGGAGCAGGCCAACUGAAAAAGAAGAUCCACCAAGGCGAUCACAGAGAGCUUCUCACCUAAAGGAUGAGGGUUCUUAUAAAGUAAAGACUGAAUUAAAUGAUCACAGAAGGAGCAGUGAUACAAGCAGAAGAGAGAAGCAUUCUUCUGACUAUAAUAAAGAUUCAAAAUCUGGGUACAGAGAUUCCAAAUUAAUUAGCGGCAGUAAAAAUGAACAUAAGAUGUCAUCAAAGAAAGAAGACCAGCACUUACUGAACCGCAAAAGUGUGAAAUCGAGUAGGGAUAAAAAAGAUGAAAGCAAAGGGAGCAAAGAAAAAGAGGGAAGUCAUCGUGACCGAAAAGAAUAUAAAGAAUUUACAGAUGAGGGAAAACUGAAAGAGUUAUCUUCAGAUAAGCAAAGUAGUGAAGUAAAAAGUCUCUGUAAAACAGAUAAUCAGUGCAAACCUUUGAAUACUGAAAAACAGGUGGUAGAUCCAAAUGAAAAGGAAACCAGCACGGUAAGGGAUCUUAAGCUGUCAUAUAUGGAAACUCUUAAUCUCACCCUCUCUCCUGCUAAGAAGUCACUCUCUGAUUCUAAUACAAACAAACUGCCCUUAGAACUGUGUGAUGUGAAAUGUGGCAUCAGUGAAAUGAACAAUCCUGAGCCAAUGCCACAAGUGUGUGAGUCUUUACAGAGUAUAAAUGAAGUGAAAUCUGAGUCAUCUCGGAAAAGCAAUGCUGGACCAAUUAUUGUAACAAAUGAUCCACCAAUAAAACAAGUGACAAAGUCUAACAUAAAUAUGGAAAAUAAGACAUGCCAAGCUAAGCAAGUUGUGGAUGAAAUGAUAUGUACUCAGCAAAACCAACCAAUUGAAGAAACUAAUUCAGCACCCUCCAAUGCAGUGCUUUCAGUGGCUAAUCCAGAAAAGGCUGAUGAAAAUAAUGAGCUGCAUAUACUUCAUUCUGAUGAUAUGGAAACAAGUGUUGUUGACGUCUCACAGGUUAUAGACCUGGAUUCCUACAUAGAGCUUGACAAAUGCAGUGGCAGUGAGAGUCCUUUUUCAGAUAAUGUAGAUGAAGAUAGUGUUGCACAAACAGGAUUUUGCCAGGAGAACUUGAGUCCAUCAAAACAGUUGAAUAAAGAGUCUGAACAUAAUACCAACUUUUUGAAAAAUGUAACUGAACCAGCAAAAGGUAUAUGUGAAUCAUCAAAUUCUGAUCUUGUAGAAAUAAGCACUAAAGAAAUUGAGUCUAAGCAGUGUUUCCAUGAUGAUGACGACUCUGUAAUGAAUAUUGACUUACAUUUUAUAAGACGUGUUCCAAAAAUCAUCAGCCCGCUUAAAAGUCCAAUGAAGCCAAUAGAGAAACUGCAUAGAAAUGAUUAUACAGCCAAGGCUUCUGUAGUGAGAAUGUUAAAUAAAGAGUUCUACUAUGCUAAUGGAAGCACCAGUGCUCAUUUGUCAAAAGAGCUAAAUAAGGAAAAUUUUCAGCCAGCUCUAAAGAAUGACCCAAGUUCUGGAAAGUGUUCACCCAUUAUUAUUUCUUCAGAUGACAUGGAAGAAGGCGAGAUUUUAAGUGAUGUGGAGGAAGUUACAUGUGUGCAAGCACCCCACACCACUCCUAGCCCAAAGCAAAGUUCUGUAGUCCAAAUGAAUAUUAAUGAAGAUUCAGCAAAUUUCCAAAGAGAAGACACAUCAUUGAGAAAACCAAAUGGAAUGAUAUCCCCGCGAAAACAAAGUGCAACUAAGUCGAAGGGAAAAUGUAAAUCUGAUUUAAAAAUACAUUUACUUAAACAGCCUAAUAAGAAAGAAAGAAAGAUAAAUCCUGACAACUGUCUUGAAGAAAUUAUGAAAACCGACCAGCCAUCUUCUGUACAAGAUGUUUUACAGAUGCUACGUGCAAUUCGAAAGCAUAUUAGAAAAAAAUACAUGAAGUUUAAAAUGCAAUUUACAGUGCGCCAGUACCAUAAGGUAAUAGAAGUUGGAACAUCUUACUUUAUAACACUGGUAAAAAAAGUUAAUUGGACUGCACUGUGUUCGUUGCCAAGCAGUUUGCAAAAAAAACUAUGUAAAUACAUAGAUAAUAAAAUGAAAAAGCUGAAAAAGAAUGGGAUUGUGGAUCGUAUUUUUGAACAACAUCUAUUAGAUAUGAAAAAAAAGCUCUGGAAUUUUGUGGAUGACCAGUUGGAUUCCUUGUUCGAAACACUCAAAAUAAUGCUAACCAAAUUGUGUGACAAAGCCGAGUUAGAAAGUAUUAAUGAUAAAAACAGGAUUCAGAAUAAUAUUUCAUCAUCUGUUCGUAUCAGAGGUUCAAAAAUUAAGAAAAGUAGGCAAGAAAAGCAUAAAAGUGCACCAAUUUCUGAUCCAAACUUAAAAAAAGAUCCUUUAGAAAGCCAAUGCAAAGCACAAGUUUCCAACAUUAAAGACCAGAAUAAUAAAACAGGUAGGAAUAGUGUAAGUAAAAAAGACAGUCCCUCCAGAGAACCAGUAAAAAGACCUGUUGACGUUGAAUCCGUCCCAAAAAGUAAAAUUUUGAUUGAAAAAAAUAUAAAACCAGCAUUAGCAGGGUCUUGUGAAAGCCAGAAACUCAAGCCUGACAAUUCAGGCUUAUCUUUUAAUUUGGUAAGUGAUGACCAUAUGGGUGACAUCUUUAAAAAUUUGCUAAAUGAUUUAGAAGCUUUGGAGCAAACGAAGACUUCAGGAGAACAACCAUGGGUGCUUAAAACACCAGAAAAAACGAAUAUUUCUAGCCAGAAAAUGUCCUUGAAUAAUGAAAAUACACCAUUAAAAACUUCUUUGCAACUGCCUUCUUCUGUGUCCUGGCCUCCACAUUCUCCUGUGCAAUCCAGUUCAUUUUCAACGCUUGAGAUGGUUGUUAACCCAGAUGCCUUAGAUGAGAGCUGCAUGCUAGAGAUUCCUUUUACUUCCUCCUCUGGCAAGAGCCUUGAUGAAAAACCAAAAUCCUAUUCAUCUAUACUAAUGGAGGAUCUUGCAGUAUCAUUAACUGUGCCAUCUCCAUUGAAAUCUGAUUCUCAUUUAAGCUUCCUCAGACUGGGGGCUGCACCUGAAUAUGUUUCAGAAGAAGUUAUUAGUGCACAUUAUAGUGAUAGUGCUCUGCUAGAAGAAGAAGAUGUUGCAGAACAAGAUAUACAUUUAACACUGGAUUCUGAUAACUCAAAUAGUUCUUUGGAAAAUACAAGUGACACAUCCAGUUUCCAGUGCCUUCCAAGUGAACCCAUGCAAGCUGUUAUCAUGGAGAAGUCAAAUGAUCACUUCAUUGUAAAGAUAAGAAGGGCAGCCUCAACUUCAUCUCCUAAUUCUGAAUACCCUGUAACUGAAAAUUUUUCACACCUCCCACCACAAUCAACAAAUGCAGAUGUUAAAGACCUUGCUGAUCACUUAAAAAAUGUAAAUUUUGAAGAGCAUGAACCUCAUGGGGAGAAUAGUCCUCAUAAAAUUGAAAAUAAUAAAGCAGUAGACUUAAAACUGUUGCCGCAAAAAGAUGAGCAUGAAAUAACUGUGUCGUUGUUUAAACCCCCCAAACCCCUUAGUCCAAGUAAAGACUCUAAUUUUGUGUCAACAUCUUAUUCAAACAUGGAUCAACUUUUUCAUUCAGUAAAAGGCAAAAAGGAUUGUGAAAAAAGCAAUUUAUCCUCUGAGCAGGUAAGCAAAGGCUCUAUAAGCUGUAAGGAGGAGUCUUUUGAAAGCAUUGCACAAGUCAACUGGAAUGAUAAAGAUCAGGACAGGAAACGAAAAAAGGGAUUAAAAGAGGAACCACUGGCAAAAAGGAGACAAGUGCAAUGUCUCAACCCUGAAACUAAAGAAAAAAAUGCAAAGGAACAUGGGAAAGAAAAAAGCGAUACUUUGUCAAAGGAAAAGUCUCAAAAAAAGCACAAAAGGUCUGUCAGCGAUGGCACUCUUCAGUUAAGCUCAUCACCAAAGGACUCUUCAAAUUGCAUAUCUGCAAAGAAUGUAAUAAAAAAGAAAGGAGAAGUUGUUGUGACUUGGUCCAGGGAUGAAGAUCGGUUAAUUCUCCUUAACUGUCAGCAGCUUGGAGCAGAUCAGAAAACAUUUAUUUCCUUAUCUUCAAAAAUGAAUAAACACCCUCAUGAGAUUGAGGAAAGGUUCCGGCAGUUGAUGAAACUAUUCAAGAAAUGCAGAUACUCUGCCACAUGACACCGUGCACUGAAGUUCUGCUUUGUGGACCAACUAAAAGUGAUGUGAAAUGUAGAAUAUCCACAUUAAAAGGGAUCAGAACUCCAGUCAUGGUGCAGGCAAUUAGUACAGACUGCAUGGAAUGAAACGUGAAGAAUUUGAACUGAAUACCAGAAUUCUUAUCCAUGAUCGCAAGGUUAUUUAUAUAAUGCUGUUAUUAUAUCAGGUAUUUUUCUAGUAAAGGAUAUAAACAUUUGAUCCACCAUUUCUUUUCAUUUAUUAUUAUAGUGGAAUUAAACAACCAAUAUGCUAACUGAUGAUGGCAAACUUCAGACAUUUUUUGGGUUCAAAAUAUCAUAAUUCACCAUACAUAAAAGAAUGUGGUAUCAGAACUUCUAUUUACAUAAAAGAAUUAGCCAUACCAAUGUUACUGAUUUCUUUACUUAUUAGCGCUUAUGAAUUUUGCAUGUUUUUUUAACAGCCAGCAAGCCAUUUUUCACAUUAGGGUAUUGUUUCCUUACUAUCCUUGAUCUGUGUCUAAGUAUAGAAAUUUCAUGUACUUGUCAUGUUAGGGUCCAUAUAUGUAAUGCUACUUUGCCAUUGCUAGUAAGGUUAGAAAAGACCUAGCUGCUGAUCCUUAGCUGCCUGUUUGGAAAUACAGAGGGUGCUGCACAACACCUGGGAAACACAACAUGUUUGUUUGCAAAGAUAUUCUUUAUGGGGUUAUUAACAUCUCAAUGCAUGGCUUGGUCUUAUGCUGUGAGACAUGAAACAAAUUUGUAAUGAUGCAGAAAACAUUUGGAGGACUUAGAUUAUAUGUUUCCAGGUUGCCUUUUGGCAUCACUAUGCUGCCACUUUUAUGUCAGUGCCUCAUUUUCUGUUACAUUUUUUAGUGACUGCAUUUAGACUAUGAAGUUGGGUAUCUUUCCAUGCUGGUAUGUAGAGGAGAGUGGCACAAAGAAUUCUUCCCUUAAGUCACUGAUUGGUAACUGACUAGUAACAGCUUAGAGAGCUGUAAAGCAGGAAGUAGUGUUCUGGCUAUUAUGAUAGACAACUGCUCACUCCAGCCUUCAUAGAUUACAUUUUUGGCUAACUAAUUAUAUUAGAAAUAUUUUUUUUUAUUUUGCUCAGUCUAUCUAUUUUUCCCAGUUUAAUUUUUACACUGAACAGUUCCUUUAAGAUUAGUGACUAUAGUAACCAGAACUGGGUUAUUUUGUAGUUCUGUUUUUUUUUUUUAUAUUACUGUUCAGGCUUUUCCCUAAUCAUACUCCCAUCAGUCAUUCAACCCAAAUGCCUUGUUAGGUGUCUGACCCCAACAACCACAUGCUCAAAGGUAAUUUUAAGGUGAACUUCCUAAUUAAAGGACAUAUUGGACGUACAGGGAUGGUGGUGAAGGAAGCUGCAAAAUCAUAUAUAUGUAUGGAUUGACAUUUUGAACAUUUAAACCAGGAGGCACCUAGAUCUUUAAAUAUGUGAAUAUGUAUUUAAAUGGCAUCAGCCAUUUCUCACCUGUUACCAGCCAACCAGAUGAGAAGUUCUUCCAAUCUUGAUGCUUGUAGAGCUUAAGACCAUACUAUAGAAAAUUUCUUAAAAGAAGCAGUAUAUACUGUUGAUCAACUGGAGUGCUAUGUCUCAGUCACCCACAAGGCCACACACAACCUAGAAGUUGCACAUUUUGGUAGGUGGGAUACUUUAGAAUGCAUGCAUGGUGACAUGUGAAACAGUGAUAUUUGCCUAAUUAAAUGUACCCUCUACUAUAGUUAAUACUCCAAAUACUUUUUUAGAGCAUAAGUCUUGAUUCUUUGGGAGCAGAGAAACCAAUGUAGGUAUGGUUUGUUUCUGUAUUGAUUCCCAUCAUUGGGGUGGGAGAAAGCUACAUACUGUAAUGUACAAAAUCGUUUUGUCUGGAGGUUUGCUCUGGUAACCUUCACUCUUUGACAUUCAAUCCAGCUGCUCUCUGUAGAAUUCUGCAAUAUGACAAGACAUACAGUAUAUGAUUUAUUAUAUGUGCUAUGGAAAUCGGGGAGAACGGAAAGCUUAUUAACAUGGAGCAUGGUUGACUAGGCUGAUGUGUGAUAUGUGGCCCUAGUACCCACAAGCUUUAGAAUAAAUUGUUAUUUACUGUGAGCAUCAUCAAUACAAAGUUCUUUUUCCUUUACUUUUCACAUCAACAUUUGCUGCACCUUCUCUGUUUAAAGCUAUGCAUUAUCAGACUGUUUACCUGUUUUGUUACUGUGGUGUAAAUGUAUAUUUCAUGUGUAAAUGUGUCUUUUUCCUUUUGUUUGUAAAUGUGUACAGGUUCACUACUAUUUUUUCUUGGGUGAACAUUUAUGUAUAUAAUGUGAGAAUUUUUUUUUAAUUAACUGUAAAAACACUGGAAGCCUUUAUUUUGUAAAAACCUGUUUGCUUACAGUUGUAAUAACAAAAAUACUUUAUAAAGUUGUAUUUGUUCAAUUUUC